UUAUCUCAGAUCAUCUCCACAUGCUCUCUUUUGUUUGUGUGUGACCUGAUUUUCAAAGCACACAGAAGAACCAACACAGCUAUCACCAUGGGCCUGGGGAGUUCUCAUCCAAAGCCGUUCCCAGGAGACAUCCUGGAGUUUCCUCGGAAUAAAUACUUUUCACAUUUCGGAAUUUACUACGGAGAGAGAGAUGGAGUGCCCUACGUAGCACAUCUCACCUGCAGAGACUCGGAGACGAAGCUCCUGCUUUUUGGUCGAGCCCUGAGGUCAGAGGUCAAACUGGACCCAGUGGAGGUGGUGGGACGACGAUACAAGGUAAGGAACAUGCUGGAUGAGGUCCAUCCUCCCAGGGACUUCUACUCUGUGGUGAAGCCUGCUAUAGACGAUAUGAUGGGUAAGGAUGUCACCUUCGACAUCUUGUUCCAUAACUCUGAACACCAGGCCACGCUCUUCAGAUACGGACUCAAGAAGUCUACACAGAUUGAGAAGGUUUACAUCCAGAUCCUGCCUACCUGGAAGGAGCUGUUUAAGAAGAGGAAGUUGUAACAAUGACUACAACAGCGGCUGUGUUCUAGAACUCUGCCUACCGUCUGAACCCCCUUCUCCCCCCUCUCCCUGGACCUCAUGCUGGGCCACCAUCUUUCUUACACCAGUACAUUAAUUUUAAAUCCUUGAGGGAGAAUCACCUGUCGUUCUAUUCCUCACCAGCGGAGGGAAACAUCCUGAAGUCUGGCCAGCUUACUUUCUGUUUCGCUACACUGCGGUGAGGAUGGUGUGGAUCAGCCUACGGAUUCCUGCUAAUGAGGAACAACAAGGAGAAUCCUAGCAGAUUGGAAUGUAUAGUUAAAAUAGUAUAUAACUCCAGUGUAGUGUAUAAUAACUCCAGUGUAGUGUAUAACAACUCCAGUGUAGUGUACAACUCCAGUGUAGUGUAUAAUAACUCCAGUGUAGUGUACAACUCCAGUGUAGUGUACAACUCCAGUGUAGUGUACAACUCCAGUGUAGUGUAUAAUAACUCCAGUGUAGUGUACAACUCCAGUGUAGUGUACAACUCCAGUGUAGUGUAUAACUCCAGUGUAGUGUAUAAUAACUCCAGUGUAGUGUAUAACUCCAGUGUAGUGUACAACUCCAGUGUAGUGUAUAAUAACUCCAGUGUAGUGUAUAACUCCAGUGUAGUGUAUAAUAACUCCAGUGUAGUGUAUAACUCCAGUGUAGUGUAUAAUAACUCCAGUGUAGUGUACAACUCCAGUGUAGUGUAUAACUCCAGUGUUGUCUACAACUCCAGUGUAGUGUAUAAUCACUCCAGUGUAGUGUAUAAUAACUCCAGUGUAGUGUAUAAUAACUCCAGUGUAGUGAUAUAACUCCAGUGUAGUGUAUAAUAACUCCAGUGUAGUGUAUAACUCCAGUGUAGUGUAUAAUAACUCCAGUGUAGUGUAUAACUCCAGUGUAGUGUAUAAUAACUCCAGUGUAGUGUACAACUCCAGUGUAGUGUAUAACUCCAGUGUUGUCAACAACUCCAGUGUAGUGUAUAAUCACUCCAGUGUAGUGUAUAAUAACUCCAGUGUAGUGUACAACUCCAGUGUAGUGUAUAACUCCAGUGUUGUCUACAACUCCAGUGUAGUGUAUAAUAACUCCAGUGUAGUGAUAUAACUCCAGUGUAGUGUACAACUCCAGUGUAGUGUACAACUCCAGUGUAGUGUAUAAUAACUCCAGUGUAGUGUAUACAACUCCAGUGUAGUGUAUAAUAACUCCAGUGUAGUGUACAACUCCAGUGUAGUGUAUAAUAACUCCAGUGUAGUGAAAUAACUCGUGUAGUGUACAACUCCAGUGUAGUGUAUAAUAACUUGUGUAGUGUACAACUCCAGUGUAGUGUAUAACUCCAGUGUAGUGUAUACUAACUCCAGUGUAGUGUAUAACUCCAGUGUAGUGUAUAACUCCAGUGUAGUGUAUAAUAACUCCAGUGUAGUGUACAACUCCAGUGUAGUGUACAACACCAGUGUAGUGUAUAAUAACUCCAGUGUAGUGUAAUAACUCCAGUGUAGUGUACAACUCCAGUGUAGUGUAUAAUAACUCCAGUGUAGUGUAUAACUCCAGUGUAGUGUACAACUCCAGUGUAGUGUAUACUAACUCCAGUGUAGUGUAUAAUAACUCCAGCCCAGUCUGCUGAUAUAGGGUCAUGUUAUCUUUUCAUUUUAGUUUUUACGUUCAGGGUGAACAUUAUCUAGAUUAUAUAAAACGGCAUUGUUGGUUGAGGCCUCGUAAGUCAGUAUUUCACGGUAAGAUCUUCACCUGUUGUAUUCGGCGCAUGUGACAAAUAAAAUUUGAUUUAAAUAAAGUAAAAUGAUUUCCCUGUU